AUGCCGCUCGCGGAUGCAAUGCCGCGGCUGGAGGCGCUGGUCGAGGCGGCGAGGGUGGUGGAGGAGACGGCAGCAGCGGAGGAGCGCCAGUGUGACCUCUGCUGGGACGCGCCGCGCUCCGUCCGCUUCGCGUGCGGCCACGCGCUGUACUGUGAGGAUUGCGCGCUGCGCGUGCUGGAGCGCGACACCAAGUGCCCGACCUGCCGCCAGCCUGCGCUGCCCAUCGCUGCCGCUGGAGCGCACGUGGCGGUGCAGACGACGUUUGUCUACCAGCAGCAGGCUCCUGCGGAUGCAGUAGUGCAUCCGCAGCCAGCGAACGCGGCAGCGGCGGUCGGUGUACCCGAAACGCGAAAGCUAAACCGGUCCUAA